AUAGGUUAAGUAGUCUAAAUGUGAAUCGAUCAGAGACUUGAAGGAAAAAAUUAAUAUAUAUCAAUUUACAAACAAGAAUAACUAUUUUUGUGCUUGCCAGCUGAUGUAACACCAAUAAACAGGCCCCCGACAGUCGAAUCCUCCACCCGCAAGGGAGGGGUCCUAGCUGUUUGUAGACUUUACAACGGCACUUUAACUUAGAGCUGAGCUCACGUUAAUGAAGCAACAGAAAACAAAUUAGAAACGAUAAUAAGAAAAAAAACAAAGCGAAUUACUAUGUUCCCGUAUAGUUCUCGUUGCGUAUAUGAUCAUAUUCUUAAAGUUUACUUUGCAGUGCUGCUGUUUUGCGCAUCCUCUGUGGAAAGUCAACAAAGAGGGCUCUUCCCGUCCAUCUUCAACCUCGCCAGCAUCUCCCAGAUAUCCACCAAUGCCACCUGCGGUGACCUGGUCCCUGAGACGUACUGCAAGCUAGUGGAGCAUGUUCCAACACGACAGAUCCUCGCCCGGCAGUGUGGGAUCUGUGACCUACACAGCACCAACUCAGAAGAGAGGCAUCCCAUUACCAACGCCAUCGACGGGACUAACGCUUGGUGGCAAAGUCCCAGUAUCAAGAACGGCAAUCAGUUCCACUGGGUGACCAUCACUCUGGACUUGCGACAGGUCUUUCAAGUGGCCUAUGUUAUUGUCAAGGCCGCUAACUCACCGCGACCUGGAAACUGGAUCCUGGAGCGAUCUCUGGAUGACAUUGAGUAUCAUCCCUGGCAAUACUACGCCAUAAGUGAUGCAGAGUGUCUGACUCGCUACAACAUCACCCCUAACACUGGGCCUCCUGCCUACCAGCAGGAUGACGAAGUCUCCUGCACCUCUGAAUACUCGCGGCUCGUCCCCCUGGAGCACGGAGAGAUUCACACCUCCCUGAUCAAUGGGAGACCCAGUGCAGACAACCCCACCCCCGAGCUCCUCAAGUUCACCACCGCCCGCUACAUUCGCCUGCGGCUGCAGAGAAUCCGUACCCUCAACGCUGACCUCAUGACCAUCGCCCACCAGGACCCCAGUGAGGUGGAUCCCAUCGUCACACGGCGGUACUACUACUCCAUCAAGGACAUAUCAGUGGGUGGUAUGUGUAUCUGCUACGGCCAUGCCCGCACCUGCCCCUGGGACCCCGUCACCAAGAUGCUCCGGUGCGAGUGUGAGCACAACACGUGCGGGGAAAACUGCAAGGAGUGCUGCCCGGGACACCACCAGAAGCCGUGGAGGCCGGGAACAGCACUGAGCGGCAACAUGUGUGAAAGGUGCAACUGCCACAACAAAUCGGACGACUGCUUCCACAGCCGGACAGUAGCUGAACUCGAGCUGAGCCUCAACUCAUACGGUCAGCGCUCUGGCGGGGGCGUCUGCAUCAGCUGCACUCAGAACACCGCCGGUGUCAACUGCGAGAGCUGCGCAGAUGGCUUCUUCAGACGCAAGGAGGUGUCCCCAUACGAUGACCACCCGUGCGUGCAGUGUGAGUGCAGCUCCAUCGGAUCCCUGAGUCAGGUCUGCGUUAAGGACAUGGAGCACGCCAGGCCGGACGAAGGUGUGCUGCCUGGACAGUGCCCCUGCAAAAUGGGCUUUGCCAGCUGGCGCUGUGAUCACUGCGCCGCCGGUUACCGGGACUUCCCCUCAUGCACGCCCUGCAGCUGCAAGCUGGACGGCAGCCUCGGCGUCGACCCCUGUGCACAGUGCGCAUGCAAGGCCAACGUCAUGGGGCAGAACUGCGACCGGUGCAAAGAGGGAUUCUACAACCUGCAAGUGGCCAACCAGCAGGGCUGCACAGAGUGCUUCUGCUUUGGGGUGUCCCAAGACUGCAAGAGCAGCCCCUGGUUCAGGGGUCAGGUGAUGCACCGUGGUGCUUUGAUGCUUCCGGCCCCCCUAACCAUCCCUAUGGCCUCCCCCCUCGGAGCCGCAGAGCUCCUGUUCUCCUGGGCUGCUCCCAGAUCAUUUUUGGGGAACAAGCUCACGUCGUAUGGUGGCUUUCUGAGUUAUGCCAUUAUGCUGAAUGGUUCCGUGACGGGCAGGAGUCGACCCCCCUCCUCACACUUCUGUAUCGUUAUUCAGGGGAAUGGGAGGACCCUUCGGCAGGCAAUGUCUGAGGAGCUUCAGCUGGUCCCAGGGAAGGAGUACCAUGUCGAUGUGAAAAUCGAGCCAGGAAACUUUGUGAACCUGGACACGAGUGUAGUGGCCAAGCGGGCCGAGCUGAUGACCAUUCUGGCUGACAUGGCACACCUUUGGAUCCAGGCAAAAUCCAUCAAGAACUUGGAUGGAGAGCUGUGGUUGAGCUCUGUGGCUAUGGACAUAGCCGACCCCAACGGCACCAGCUACACCCGGGCCUUGGAGGUGGAGAGCUGCGAGUGUCCCAGGGGCUACGCCGGGAUGUCCUGCGAGCUCUGCCUACCUGGGUUUUACCGUGUCAACGGGACUCUCCAUGGCACCUCCUGCCUCGAGUGCCAGUGCAACGGCCAUGCCUCACGGUGCGAUACCAGCGGCGUCUGUCUGGGGUGUGAGCACAAUACCACCGGCCCACACUGCCAGUGGUGUCAGCCUGGUUUCUAUGGUGACCCCACAGCGGGAACCCCAGAGGACUGCCAACAAUGUAGCUGCCCGCUACCCACCAUGGACACCAAACUUGUUCAUUUUAAGCCACAAGUGGAGGAAUGUGUGGGUUUAUGUUUUAGUCCCACUUGCCACCUUGACGAUGAGGGACAGAUGAUGUGUGACCAGUGCCAGCUGGGCCACACAGGCUCCCGGUGCGAGAGGUGUUCUGACGGUUACUACGGAGACCCCAUGGCCCUGGGUGGAGGCUGCCUUCCAUGCGACUGCAGUGGUAAUGUGGAUCCAGAAGACCUUGUCAAAUGUGACCCGAUCAGUGGAGAGUGCCUGAAGUGUACAGGCCACACGGCGGGCUGGCGCUGUGAGAGGUGCCGGGACGGCUACUUUGGGGAUGCCAUAGUUGCCAAGAACUGUCAGGCGUGUGGGUGCCAUGUAAACGGCUCCUACUCCGGCGUCUGCGACCUGACAACGGGACAGUGCGCCUGCAAGCCCAACGUAGCGGGACGGAAGUGCAACCGGUGCGAGGUAGGAUACUACAGCCUGCUCAGCGGGACGGGCUGUGUGACGUGUAACUGCAGCCAGGUGGGGUCGCUGUCUGACCGCUGCAACAGAGAAGGAGCGUGCCUCUGCAUCCAGGGCGUGGCAGGGGUCAAGUGCGAUCACUGUGCCCCCAACCACUAUGGGACCGUGGAAACCGGCUGCAAAGAGUGCAUCUGCGCACACACGCAUGGCCACUGCCUGCCGGACACAGGGCAGUGCGUCUGUCCACCCAACACACGGGGGCAGGCGUGCGGACUGUGUGAGGAUCUUCACUGGGACCACAGCUUGGAGACGGGUUGCAAGCCAUGUGACUGCAGUGCCGUCGGCGCCCUGAUGCCCCACUGCGACCUUUCUAGCGGCCAGUGCCUGUGCCGGCGUGGCUUCGAUGGGCCCAGGUGCGACCGGUGCGCCCCAGGUUUCAGCGGCUACCCGAAGUGUGCCCCCUGCAGGUGCAACAUGCGCGGCACGCGGGAGGAAUUCUGCAAUAAGGACAUGGCUGCCUGCAUCUGCCGCGACCGCGGCAUCUGUGUCUGCAAGGACAAUGUGCACGGUGUCUCCUGUAACAAGUGCAAGCGGGGGGCCUUCGGAUUGGCGGCGGCGCUCCCCGAGGGCUGCAGUCCUUGCUUCUGCUCUGGGGUCUCCUCAGACUGCGUGGAGGCCACCAAUCUGCUCAGAGCUUCCAUCACGCUGGGCGAGUCCGACCAGCUGGCCAUGGUCAGCAAAAAGGAUGGGAUAGGCGCUAUGGACAGCGUCGUCUCCGAUGAGAACAUUGUAGGUCUGGACCCCAGCCCGGCCCAGAGCUCCUGGUGGCACACUGGUCCUUACUACUGGCAGCUCCCCCCCAAAUUCAAGGGAAACAAGCUGAUGUCUUAUGGAGGUAAGCUCCGCUAUGCCGUGACCUUCCACGCCCUGGGCGACACACCCCAAGUCCUCAUGGGGGGAGGACACCAAAAUAAAGCGGUCAUCUACCUGGACGUUCCCGUUCUGGAUAGCAGGAUGAAGACCGAACACGAGAUCUGGAUGACAGAGCACAAGUGGAAGUAUUUCGGCUCCAGCCACGGCGUCACGCGUGCAGACUUCAUGUCCGUCCUGGGCAAUGUGGAAUUCAUCUUAGUCAAAGCCUCACAAAGCAGCGAAACGAAUUGGAACAGGCUGACUAACUUCUCUAUGGAGACCGCGGUGGAGGCUGGGGAAGGUCCGAUGGGCGGGGAGGUGGCUCGAUUCAUCGAGAAGUGCAGGUGUCCAUCAGGGUAUGCUGGACUCUCCUGCCAGGAUUGUGCCCCCGGCUACUUCAGAAAGGCCAAAUCAGCACUGAGCCCUGGAAGCGAGGAUCUGUCUGUCCAGCCCUGCCUCCCCUGCCAGUGCAACAACCACAGCUUGGCCUGCGAUGUGCUCACUGGAAUCUGCCAGGACUGUCAGCACAAUACCAUAGGGGACCACUGCGAACUCUGUGCCCCAGGGUAUUAUGGGAAAGUGGAGGGCUCUGUCAGUGAUUGCUCCAUGUGUUCCUGUCCUCCUGGAAAUAAAAAGAGCUUUAGCCCCACCUGUCAUCUGGAAGGCAUGAAUGACUAUCGCUGCGAUGCUUGUGAAAAAGGCUACAAGGGGCAGUACUGUGAACGGUGUUCCCCAGGUUACACGGGGACCCCCACCGAGGCUGACGGCCGCUGUGAGCCAUGCCAGUGCAGUUCCAGCGGGGCCCUGCACCACCGCUGCCACCAGCUGACGGCGCAGUGCGAGUGCAGGCCGGGCAUCCGCGGGCUCCGCUGCGACGAGUGCGAGGAAAGACACGCCCUGUCCGGGGAGCGGUGUAUCGCAUGUGAUGAUGAGUGUACCGGAGUGAUCCUGGACGAAUCUGAAGGAUUGGAUCAGUCAGUGAAGGCUGCUAACCAGGUCCUAGUCCCAUACAGCCUUCUGUGGUCCAUGGAGAGCAGCACAGAAGAGCUGAAGACCCUCCUGUCUCCUGAGACGCUCCCAAUCAGUUUGUCACUCCAAGCCCAACAGCAGCUGACAGAACUUUCCAAAGACAUUUCAGCACUGCAGAUGAAGGCAAACAAGCUCUUGGAUGAAGGAGACGUUCUGGAUGAGGACACCAAACAGACGCUGACCAUGAGCCAAGAACUACUGGCGCUGGUUGCUAACAUCCACUCGGAAAGUUGUGCUUUAGAGGAAACAGUCAGCAGUCUGAACAAAACCCUGCAAGAUGUCAACACCACCCAGCUGAUGGAGCUGAUACCACCCAUGCUGGGGGCCAUGAGCCAGGUCAACAUGAGCCCUGGCCGGACCACGGCCUCCGACGCACUCGGGGCCGCAAUUGGGCUCCAUUGGAUGGUUCAGAGGGAUUUCCACACACCCUGGCAGGAAAUGGAAGCACUGGUCAAGUCGGUCAGCUUCAAACUAUCACAGAAGGAUGUACAGCUGCAGAGCGCACAGGAGCAGCUGCUGCUUAUCCGCUCCAAGAUAAGCCACACCCUCCGGCUGCUGGUCCCCGCCCCUGCCAACCUGGACAAGUUCCAUGAGCGGAAACAGAGCGUUGGCGUCCUGGUAGAGGCGGCCAAGAUGCAGCUGGUGGAGGCCUGGGAUCUCCUAGCUGAUAUUAACAACACGUUGGACAAUACAGGCACUGCUCCAGUUCUUUCGGACAUCCACGGUCAGCUCGGGGCUGAGAGCACAGCUUUAAAAGAGCGAGUGGACACACUGGGGACUCGCUUGGAGAAUGUUUCAGAAUUGAUGUCUGAAGUGGAGGAUCACACACAGCUGCUGCAGGACAAGGCCCUCGUGCUGCACACAGUUAUACUGGCCGCAAAGAAUUCUUCCCUGAAAGCAAUCAACGCCCUCUUUGUUAACUUCAAAAUCUUCCUGGACAUUCAGGAAGCAGAGUACUUGGCAGAGCUGGCCGACAUGAUGGCUCCCGUAGUGGACGACUCUGUGAGAAACCAGAGCGUUGAGGCUAUGCAGCACAGUCACAUGAUCUGGGCAGAGGGUGCGGCACUCAACAGUCCUGUUGUCGACCUCUCUAUGAAUGUCACUGAAAGGAGUCAGGAGCUCAACUCAAUCCGAGAACGGAUCCACAGCAUCCCCAGCCAGCUGCCCAAGUCCUUGACCAUCAGCGAGGCUAAGACGACCAGUCAAAAGAUCCUUGAGUCCAAGGAGCUGGUGUCUAUGGCUAAUGCCUCCCUGCAGUCCACGCUGCAGCUGCUCCAGAACCUCAGCCAGAAGCUGGAGGAGUCCUCCAUCUUGGCAGCUCAGGUCAAUAAGGACACAGAGGCCACAGAAAGCUUGCUCAGCAUUUCCCAAGAGGCUGUGAAGGCCAUGGAGUCUGUGUUUGGGGAGGUGGAGGCCCGGGUUCAGCAUCUUUCGGAUCGCCUCGGGCCCCUCAGGACCCUGGGCGAGCAUCUGAGCCGGAACCUGUCUGAAAUCCGAGAAUUAAUCAAGCAGGCACGCAAGCAGGCCAGCUCGAUUAAAGUGGCCGUGUUGGCAGACCAAGACUGCGUGCGCGCCUACAAGCCUGAGCUGUCCUCCAGCAACCUGAACACCCUGACCCUGACCGUGAAGACCAGUGAGGCAGACAACCUUCUCUUCUACAUGGGCAGCAACUCCAGUGAUGACUUCCUGGCCGUGGAGACGCUCGGUGGGAUGGUCUCCUUCCUCUGGGAUGUGGGCUCUGGACAUGGUAAACUGGAGUAUCCUGACCUCCAAAUUGACAACGACAGGUGGUACCGGAUACAUGCGAGAAGGUUCGGACGACGUGGCUCCCUGAACGUUUGGGACCUGCAGUCGAACCCGAGACCCACUGUGGAGGCCUCUUCUCCUGGCCUCUCCGUGGUGCUGGACGUGGAUGAGUCCACCCUGAUAUUUGUCGGGGGACUUGGCAGACAGAUCAAGAAAUCUGAGGCUGUGGAGGCCACUGACUUCAGUGGCUGUAUGGCUGAGCCCUGGCUCAACGGCAAGAACAUCGGGCUGUGGAGCUACGUGGAGAGACACGGGAAAUGCCAGGGCUGUUUCACAAGUCUGCAUGAAGAAGAAGAAGAAGAAGCCUCUUUUCAGUUUGACGGCAGCGCGUACGCGGUGGUGCAAAAAGCCCUUCGCUCUUCAGCAACCCACAUAGUCAUGCACUUCAAGACCUUCUCUCCGAACGGCCUGCUUAUUUACAUGGCCUCUGACACCAUGAAAGACUUUUUGGCCAUUGAGCUUGUGGAUGGAAGAGUACAAUUGACCAUUGAGCUUGGAGAAGGGCCGCUCGUCCUCAGCACCACCGAGCCCUACAACACUGGGAAAUGGCACCAAGUCACCCUUCAUAGGGAUAAACAUAACGGUCUGCUGACGGUAAUAGACACCAGUGACCCUAGCAAUAAAGAGGAAUUGGAGGGCCAGUCUCUUGGCACGGAUUCUGACCUGAACCGCUCAGAACAUGACCCCAUCUACAUUGGCGGGCUUCCUGAAAUCAGAUCAGCCUUAUUGCUGCCCAGUACAAGGUCAUUCACUGGAUGCAUCAAAGACGUGGAGAUCAGUCGUACGAACUUCGACCUGCUAGAUAAUGCUCACGGUGUGACAAAAGGAUGUGUUUUAGAGCCUAUCCACAGUGUCACAGUCCGAAGGGGGGGCUUUCUGGAGCUUCCCGCCUUGACGCUGCUCCCACAGGCUGAAGUAAUGGCCACCUUCUCCACACACAGUGGUAAUGGUCUCAUUCUGGCGGGCUUCACUGAGGCCGAGCGGCGAAAGCGCUGGCAGAACAACCAGCCUUUCCUCGCUGUCGCACUGGUGUCCGGCCAGCUGGAGGCGCACGUGAGUGCGGGUGAGGGAGACACACGUAAGGUUGUGCUACAGUCGAGGACCGGGACCUUCAGCGAUGGGCAGAAACACUCCCUCAUCCUCCAGUGGCAAAACAGGACAGUGACGUUGCUUGUGGAUGAGGACAGUCAGGACACUGUGACCUUGGGCCCAUCAUCCGAGGAUGAAACCCUGAGCCAGUCCGUCUUUUACGUGGGUGGGCUUCCUCCGGGGAUGGCUGCUGGGGCCCUUGGGAUCCUCGACUCCUUCCACGGCUGCAUCAGCGACUUGGCCGUGGACUCCGUGCUCCUGAACUUCUCCAGUGCGGUGCAGCAUCAGGGCAUAGAGAUGGCCUGCAUGCUGGUCCUGCCGGAAGAGACGACGGCUGGGCCCACCCAGACCCCACCUGCUUCUGUCACCUCCCCCCCAGCCACCCUGAGCCAUGCCACAUGUGCCGCAGCAGAUCAGACAGAAAGUAUCCCCGGCGCCUACCAGUUCGGCAUAUUGAGGCACAGUCACAUGACCCUCAACAUUAGCGAGCAAGCCGUUCGGGCCGGCUUCUCUUUGGAGCUCUCCCUGCGCACCUUCGCUUCCAGCGGCCUGCUCUUCCACAUGGCGGCCCCCACCCAGACAGACUACGCCACGCUGCAGCUGUGGGGGGGGCAGCUCUUCUUCACCUGCAACCUCGGCAGGAAUGCGGCCACCGCCAGCCUUGCCGAGCACGUCGAUGACGGCCAGUGGCACGCGAUCAAAGCAGACUUUGGGAAGAGGAGUCUGAAGAUCAGUGUUGACGGCCAGGAGUCCACCACAGUGCAGGCCAAGGGGAAGACCAACAAUUUGGAUGUGAGGGGCAUACUGUACCUGGGAGGCUUGCCAUCAAACUACAAAGCCAAGAGCAUCGGAAAUGUGACCCACAGCAUCGCUGGCUGUGUGAGAGGAGUGACCCUGAACGGGGUCCCCCUGGACAUGGAAAACCCCAUCGCGUCCUAUUCCACCUCAGGGUGCUUCUCUCUUGUCCAGAAGGGAACCUUCUUGGGUGGUAGUGGAUUUGCAGCUUUCGCUAAGGAAGGCUACAAGGUGGGCAUGAAUGUCAAGGUGGACCUGGAGUUCCGCACCACGGCCCUCAACGGCGUUCUGCUCGGAGUCAGCAGCACCAAGGCGGAUGGGAUUGGGCUGGAGCUGAUCAAUGGACAGGUGUGGUUCCACGUGAAUAACGGGGCGGGCCUCAUCUCCGCCGCCUACGACCUGGAGCAGCACGGCCAGCUGUGCGACGGCCUUUGGCACACGGUGACGGCCAAUAAGACCAAGCAUGGCGUGAGUCUGACGGUGGACGGGGUCACCGUGCGCAGCGAGAACCCGCAUCCCCGGGCCUCCUCAGUGGACUCCAACAACCCCGUCUACGUGGGGGGCUUUCCUGCUGGAGUGACGCAGAGCUGCCUGACCACCAGGGCUCCCUUCAGCGGCUGCAUGGCUAACGUCCGUCUCGCUAAGGGCGCCCAGGUCCGAAAGCUGGACUUCAGCAAGGCCUUCGUUCUCCGUGGGAUCGUCCCGUAUUCCUGUCCCGGAGCGCCGGCAUCACCCCCUCAGUGAAGCCCCCCCAUGAAGAUAUCAAGGCAGGAAGAGGCCCCCAAAAAUACCUGUGCCUUCUUAAACCUUGCGUCCAUUAUAUACAGUUUAUUUGUUCAUAAACACAUGAAAUGAUAAAAACCGAGUUUGGCAGAAAAUAUAUCAUCUUUUGAGGGAAAAGAUUCACUGAAGGUAAUAUUAGUGCCAAAAUUACAUUGUAACACAUCAGCAAACAAACAAAAAAAUGGUACAUUUAGGUAUGGAGGAGAAAAAUUAAAUAAAAAAUAAAUAUAAAAUCUU